GCUCCCGGAAAUGAUGGACAUAUUUAUGUCAAUGACUGUGGUGUUGUGUUCAUGGGUAUGUGUUUCUUUAGAGGUUUGUCAAGUUGUGAUCCCUCUAUGGGUAUAGCUUUCUGUCUGUAUACUCCAUUUUAAUGUGUCACUUGAAGAAAUGUAAUAGAUUAAAAGGUAGAAAGCUUUGUCAUGUCAAAUAUUCCUUGGGGUCAGUUUUGUGACGCAGCUAGUAAAGCUGAGAAGUUUCUGUACUGCGAAAGAAACAGUCAGGAAAGUGAAGAGGCAACCGACAGAAUGGGAAAAAUAUUUGCAUACUAUGCAACAGAUAAAGGGUUGAUAACCAGAAUCUACGAAUAAAUCAAGAAACUCCACAACAUCAAAACAAACAACCCACUUAAGAGAUGGUCCAGGACCUCAAUAGACACUUUUCAAAAGAGGAAAUCCAAAAGGCCAACAGACACAUGAAGAAAUGUUCAGGGUCACCAGCAAUCAGGGAAAUGCAAAUCAAAAAAGGGACACUAACCCACUGUUGGUGGGAAUGCAAACUGGUUAAGCCACUAUGGAAGUCAGUCUGGAGAUUCCUCAGAAACCUGAAUAGAACCCUACCAUACAACCCAGAAAUCUCACUCCUUGGAAUUUACCCAAAGGAAAUUAAAUUGGCAAACAAAAAAGCAGUCUGCACCUCAAUGUUUAUUGCAGCUCAAUUCACAAUAGCUAAAACCUGGAACCAACCCAAAUGCCCAUCAACAAUAGACAGGAUAAAGAAAUUAUGGGACAUGCACUCUAUAGAAUACUAUACAGCAGUCAAAAACAAUGAAACCCAUUCAUUUGCAACAAGAUGGAGGAAUCUGGAACACAUCAUGCUGAGUGAAAUAAGCCAGUGCCAAAGGGACAAAUAUCAUAUGUUCUCCCUUAUCACUGACAACUGAGCCCCAAAGGGGAAACUUGUUGAAGUGAAAUGGACACUAUGAGAAACAGUGACUUGAUCAGCUCUUGUCCUGAUGGUUGAUGUGCAAUGUAAUACUUUAUCCAUUUUAGUUUUUUUUUUGUUGUUCUAGCACAAUUGGUUGAACUCUGUAAUUAACACACAAUUAUUCUUAGGUGUUUAAAUUUUAACUGAAAAGUGAUCCCUCUUAGGAAUCUGGAAAACAUUAUGCUGGGUGAAAUAAGCCAGUCCAAAAGGGACAAAUAUCGUAUGUUCUCCCUGAUCAGUAACAACUAACUGAGCACCAAAAAGGAAACCUGUUGAAGUGAAAUUAACACUGUGAGAAAUGGUGACUUGAUCAGCCCAUGCCCUGACUGUUGAACAACUUAAUACGUUAUCCCUUUUAGUAUUUUUUUUGUUUGUUCUACUUAAUACUUUUGGUUGAAUACUGUAAUCAAUACAGUUAUUCUUAAGUGUUGAAACUUAACUGAAAAGUGAUCCCUGCUAAAUAUAAGAGUGGGAAUAAGAGAGGGAAGAGAUGUGCAAUUUGGGACAUGCUCAAGCUGACUUGCCCCAAACAGUAGAGCUAGAAACAUACCAGGGGAUUCCAAUUCAAUCCCAUCAAGGUGGCAUGUACCAAUGCCAUCUCACUAGUCCAAGUGAUCAAUUUCUGCUCAAAAUUGAUCAUAAUGAUAGGAUUUAGAGCCAAAGGGAGCACAUGAACAAGACUAGUUUCUGCAAAUACUAGCUGAUAGAAUAAAAAAGAGAGAGAACGAUCUAACAUGGGAAUUGAGAUACACAGCAGACUCAUAGAAUGGUGGAUGUCCUAAACAGCACUCUGGCCUCAGAAUCAGCCGUUAAGGCAUGCAAAUCCAGCUAAAAACCCAUGAGAGUAUUUCAGGCAUGGAAAGACAAGACACUCUGGAAAAAAAAAAAUGACCUAAAUGAAAGAUCUCUGUGAGUGAGAUCCCAGUGGAAAGAACAGGUAAUCAGAGAAGGAGGUACCUUUCUCUGAAGGGAGGAGAGAACUUCCACUCUGACUACAACCUUGCCUAAAUAUGAUCAGAGUCAGUGAACUCAAAAGGCUUCCAUAGCCUUUACAACUCAUGACAAGAGCGUAGGUUGAUUACUGAUGCCAUAAACAAGAGUGUCAAUUUGUUAAGUCAACAACAGGAGUCACUGUGCACUUACUCCCCAUGUAGAAUCUCUGUCCUUAAUGUGCUGUACAUUGUGAUUAAAUGCUAUAACUUGUAUUCAAACAGAAUUUUUCACUUUGUGUUUCUAUGUUUGUGCAAACUGUUGAAAUCUUUACUUAAUAUAUGCUAAACUGAUCUUCUGUAUAUAAGGAGAAUUGAAAAUGAAUCUUGAUGUGAAUGGAAGGGGGGAGGGAGAGGGAAAGGGGAGGGUUGCGGUUGGGAUGGAAGAUAUGGGGGGGAAGCCACUGUAAUCCAUAAGCUGUACUUUGGAAAUUUAUAUUCAUUAAAUAAAAGUUAAAAAAAAAGAAGUGUGCUUUCUUCAUCCUUACCAACAUAAAUGCUGUUGUGCAUCCAAUAGGCCCUAAAAACAGCCCUUAUGUCCCUCCUCUCAACCUCUCAGGACAUGAUCCAGGCCCGGAGUGAGUCACAGAAAAGCCUCCUUCCUGGCUUUCCCUUGCCUUUCCACAAGAAUCAGGCUGUAGUCAUGAAAACAUGGGCUGGACUGACCCACCCCAUCAGUGCAUGCACAGCAGGCCAUGUAUUGCCUCAGUGGAACACAACCUGGAUCCAGUCCCCAGAAAUGGGUCAGGAAAUCACCAUGCUGAACACUGGAAUUUCUGUUCCACAUUAGGUUCUCCUGGGCCACGUUCUUAAUGUUCCACCCUGGCUCAAGCCUCAGAGGAGUUGACUGAACCUCUGCAAAAACAGAAACCACCUGAACCAGCACAAAGGAAAGCCAGGGUGGAGACCCAGUUAGCUAAAUACAGCUUCCCAAAGAUGUGGGGAUCCCAUUAAACACAUCUGGGGUCCCCAAUGAGAAACUGUCAUGUGGCCAGGCCAGGCUGGGAUUUAUCCACCUUGGUGCUACAGCCUCCAGCCCACAUCCAUGUGCUUCAAGCUAAACAAUGGCAUCCCCACCCCUCACAUACCCAUCAAUCUCACAGCACUGCUUGUGCCCACUGAAGACUAUCCAUCCCUCCCUAAUGGGAAGGCUGCACUAUUGUCUGGACUUCUGUAGGAUGAGAGUUGGCUACAGAAGGCAGCUGUUUCAGAACAAAGCUAUAUUUCAUAAGCAACACACAUCCUUUCAUGAAAGUGAUUCAUUUUUAUUGAAAUUUUAAGUCCUUUCUUGCCCUUUAUUUAUUACUGUGUCUGGGGGUCAAGAAAUAGUGAUUCCCCAGGAGCUGGAGGAGCAGUCACCCUGAUCUCUGUCUUCCUCUGAGCUCCUCUGAAAAAGGAAGAUGGAGCUGGGGAUAGAGACUUUGGGGAGGAAAUGACUAACUGAGCACAUUGGUGAGCACCUGCACUAAUCACACUUGGCACCAAGACUCACAAUAGAGGGAACAGCUACAGUGAACACUCGAGGAAAACUGGACUCUGGAGAUAAGGAUGUAGGGCCAGCAGCACAAGGCAGGUCUCUCAGGACAUUCUGCAAGGGCCCAUGAGGGAGCUGGGCUCUUUGGGUACCCAGUGCACUGCCAGCAUGCACAGUGGUUAUUGAUGCCCAGUCCUAGGGCCUUGGUGCUGCCCAGAGGGCAGCUGGGCAGAGGGGGCUCUGGGUGAAGGUCACUGCAUGUGCUUCUGCAAUGAAUUGGGAGAGAAGGGAGAGGAAGAAAGGGAGGAGGGACGACCAAGGGUGCAAGGCGGCGAUGGCUGGGGUUGGUUGAACCAUAGAUUCUGCUCCUGUUACUACCAUCUCUACCACCCUCCCUGCCUAUCUCACAGCCUGAUCCCAUUUUGUCUCCCUGUGCUUGUGAUCCCUGCUCAUCAUCUGGGUUCCAUGCCUCCUCCACCCUCUACCUCUGCCUUGGGCCACAGGUCACCCCUAGGACCAACAUGUGGCACCUGUCAGCCUCUCUGUCAUUAUCCUUUUGCCUCUCAUAGACAUUAAGUCUCAUGUGCUGUUUACCGACUCUGCUCUUAACUAUGUUCUAUACUGGGAGCCAUCCCUUUGGACAGUCUCAUUCCCAUGACCCCAUGCACACCUCAUUGAAUCGCACACACCAUUUCCUGUGCAGUCACCUUGCACACCUGGCACCUUGGAGCAUCAAUCCCACACUUUGCUCUGUGAAUUCAACACUCUCAUUCUUUUGACCCCCUUUCCUAUCUCUCCCUCUGCAUUAUGUCUUGUCACACCCCCACAAUCUCUUCCUGUGCACUGCUGGCCCCUCCCUGGGCCCUCAUGUCACCCUGCUCUGUUACAAACACACUCUCUGUCAUGCCCCUGAAUUUCCACAGGCAAUAGGGUUGAGCUGGCAGCAAAAGUCCGAUGCUUUCCAAGAGAAAUUCCAUCUUCUUAUUUUGCUUGUUUCCCAUUGAAUAUCCUUCUCAGAGGAUGUGCUGUUACAAUUGUCUGCUAACUUAAAUGUUUCAUCAGCUCAGUGGCCUGAAGAUUUUGGAGAAAAGCACACUUUGGAAUAGGAAAACUUCUCAGGCAUCACAAAACUCAGGAGGACACAUGAGUAUGAGGCAGCCCCUCUUGUCGCAGACCCCAGCAGGAGCUACUGCCUCCCUGUGUGACUGGUCUGUCUCCAGGCAUCAGGGAAAUGAAGGAGACUCUCAGACACUGCCACAGUCCCUUGGCAGAUGGCAACUACAAACCUCUAAUUGGUUUUUGGUCACAAGGAACUGGGGACCAUUUUUCACAAAUAUCCUCACUGCCCCAGGCCUGUCCUCUGCUUGUAGGGACAGGUGAUAGGAUAAUGGCUGCUCUGAGGGGAGGUGACACCACACAUCAUGUCACACCAUUUCCCAAGGUCUCCAUCCCACCAACACAAACACUGGUGCUGUGAACAGCACCCUGAGCCCUCACUCUCCUUAUCAGAGGACACAGGUGUUUGCCAUCACAGCCUGAGACAGAGAGUCUGAAGCCAACUUUUGCUAAUCUGCAGCCAGGUAAGAGCUCCUAUUAGAAGGGGUUUGCAUUUGGAACCCAGCCUGCUGGCAUGGCCCCCCAGGAAGUAGAGCUGUUUCUGUAGCCUGAGCAGAGCUUAUAGAGAGAUGAGGGCCUAACCUGACAGCAGCCUCCAAAGGCAGUUGUGCCAUUUACUAUAAACCAAAGGACCCUUGUGUUGCCCAUUUUCAUGUUUAAAUCUUAAUUUUUACAUGUUUCACACUGAAAACUUAAAUAAAUUUUGUUCUAUGGUUAAAAUAAGGUCAUAAGGAAACAGCCUUGCUCAUGUAAAAGCACAUUUCUGUCAUUGGUUCAUAAACUUUUUUUCAAGUUAAUGUUUUCUUUAUUGUUUUUGAGAUAACAGUUUUAACUUACAUUAUGGUUCCAGGCAUAAUGCUGUACCACACAAAGUUCAGCAAAUGAAAAAUGCAAACACCAUAGUCCAGCAGGAGAGUAGGGAGGGGCCGUGCCCAGUCAUCCAGUGAGAAGAUGGCCCUAACUUUUCAUGAAACCCAUUGCUGCUAAGAUACAGGAGAUGUUUAGACUUUCUAUUUAACAAUGCCUUUUACCAUCAAUGAAAUGGAGUAACAUAUCCUUUUGAGGAAAUUUAUAUUUUUAAAUAAAAUUGGUUGUAACAAUAACAUUAGGUUUUGACUACAAAAACAGGCUAUUCAAAUUAUCCUGAUGGGUGGGGUUAAAUUAAAUUAAUAUAAGAAGUUUAUUUUUAAUAGGUUUAAGGAUUUCAGUUCCACAUUAAAUUGUUGUUCAGUCUACCCUAUCAUAUUUACACUGUGUUUUCAGGAUACCUGAAUAUGCACUAUCUUUUCUUUAAAGAUUUAUUUAUUUAUUUGAGUGAGUGGCACCAAGAGAGAGUGAGAGAUAGUGAAAGAGAACUUCCAGCCAUUGGUUCACUCUCCAAAUGCCCACAACUGGACCAGGCCAAUGCUAGGAGCCUGGAACUUCUACCAGGUCUCCCAUGUGGGUGGCAGAAGCCCAAGCAUUUGGGCCAUUUUCCUCUGCUUUCCCAGGCACAGUAGCAAGGAGCUGAACCAGAGGUGGAGCAGCCAGGACUUGAACUGGUGCUCAGACAGGAACGUGGCAUCAUAGGAUGUGGUUAACCUGCUGCACCUUGAAACCAGCCCCUUGAAAGUGCACUCAGAGCACCAAGCUGGCAGCAGAGCUGUGAACCCCCAGGAACCACCUGGUGCUGUGCAGACCUGGAGUGUCCUGAUGACACCUGCUGGGAGGAGAUGCACCCUGUGAUGCCGGGUGCUAGAAUUAUUUGAAGAGAUAGUGGUUUUUUCCUUAUGAGAACAUCCAUGGUCUCCUGAUACUGGAGAGAGUGUUUCCCAUUUUCAGCUUAGGCAGUGGGCACAUGAGGAAGCGGUAACGCUACACACGGGAUUCCAGAUAGCAGCUCUCAGGCACAAAAGUUUCCUGUUCUAAAGUCUCUGAUCUUAAUAUAUUUCACUCAAUUCCCAAAUUUACAAUUUCAACUUAUAAAAUAUGCAAAUCUUAACAUCUUACAUAUUCUCUUUACUGGAUAGCUUAUAAUUUAGUAUGAUUUGGAAAUCUCCCCUGAGUUCUACUGAUUUUAUGUGUGACAAGUAUUGAUCCAUGUAAGUACAUGAUCUGAAAAAGGUAACUUUUAGUUUGUACUCUACACUCUUUUAUCAUAUACUGGCAUUUCAUGUCGCAUAGUUUAGGGUGCAGCAAAGUGUUCUGUGAUUCCUGUGACAGGUGAAAAUUCUAUCUGGACAUAAAAAAAAAAUCCUUGUCACUGGCACUGUGGCUUGGUGGGUUAAGCUGUCCUCUGCUGCACCAAAAUCCCAUAUGGGUCCUGGCUGGAUUCAUGUUUGCUCCACUUCCAAUCCAGCUCCCAGAUAAUGUACCUGGAAAAGCAGCAGAGGAUGACCCAAAUGCUUGGGCCCCUGCAGCCAAGUGGGAGACCCAGAAAAAACUCCUGGCUCCUGGCUUUGCCCUGGACCAGCUUCAGCCAUUAAACCAUCCAGAGGGUAAACCAGUGGAUGGAAUCUUCCUCUCUCUCUUUCUCCCUCUCUCUCUCAUUCUGACUUUCAAAUAAUAAAGUAAAUAGAUCUUGAAAAAAGAAGAAAUCCUUGUCAAAGCCCAUCUCAAUAAACAGGCAAUUAUGCAUUCUUAAAAAGAAUUUUAAAUGCAAUGGGUCCCUACAGAAUUAUUUCAUAAUUCUUAAUCUGAAUGUUAAGAUAUCUAAAUCUUAUUCAUAGCUGGUAUUAACUUACAGCUUCAGUCCUUAUACUGAAUGUAGACUUACAGACAAAGUAAUAAAAUCAGCUAUCUAAGAUAAAAUCACCAGGCAUGAGAAUGACUAAAUAGACACUGCAUUAUGUGAGGAACACAGCAAACAGGUCUGUAACAUCACCUUCAACUGCACUGCUUUGAUCAGCCUGCUAAUUCCAAGCCCCUUCUUGAGCCACACAUGUUGUUCAGAUUAGACACAUCAUUAACUCUCCCUACUUAGCUUCUCUGUAUCUUUUAGAGGAAAACAAGAAUACUGAGUGGUCACUGCCUCAUAUUCUCUUGCAGGAUUCUCUCUCACUCAGAAGAUGAGCAGCAGAGGCUGGGAACUGACAGCAUGGCCUCGAGGGACCUGGCCCUAGGAAUGGUCUUUCUAGUACAGACGCUGGCUGGGAUUCUGGGGAAUUCCUCUCUUCUUCUCCAUUAUCUCAUCCUUUAUUUCACAGGAUGCAAGUUUAGGCUCACAGAUCUGAUUCUCAAACACCUGACUGUAGCCAAUGCCUUGGUCAUUCUCUCAAAAGGAGUCCCCCAAACCAUGGCAGCUUUGGGGAUGAAGCAUUUCCUCGAUGAUACUGGGUGCAAACUUGUGUUCUAUGUGCACAGAGUGAGCAGGGAUGUAUCCAUUGGCAGCACCUGCCUCCUGAGUGUCUUCCAGGCCAUCACCAUCAGUCCUACCUGCUCCAGGUGGAUGGGGCUUAAAGUAAAAGCUCCCAAGUAUGUUGGACCCUCCACUAUUCUCUGCUGGAGCUUGAACUUGAUGCUAAAUGUCAUGGUACUUGUGCAUGUCACUGCCAGAUGGCAAAACAAUAUCACAAGGAAAAUGGAUUAUGACUACUGUUCUGCUAUUUCUCAUGGGAAAAUCACUGAGUUAUUGUACAUAGCACUGAUGUUAUUCUGUGAUGUUGUGUUUGUAGGGCUCAUGCUCUGGGCCAGCAGCUUCAUGGUUUUCAUCCUGUACAGGCACAAGCAGCAGGUGCAAUACAUACACGCUCUCUCCCACACAUCUUCCCCAGGGUCCAGGGCCACACAAAGCAUCCUUGUCCUGGUGAGCACCUUUGUACUGCUGUGCAGCCUGUCUUCCAUUCUACAAUUUUGUUUAGCGUUUUUCAGUAUUCACAAAAUGUGGCUGGUGAAAGCUUCUGCACUGAUAGCCGGGUGUUUCCCAACCGUCAGCCCCUACAUUCUCAUGAGUUAUGACUCCAGGUUACCCACACACUGCCUUCCCUGGAUCAUAGCAGCAAAGUCCUCUGUGCUCUGAGAAGUAAACUCUAUGGGUAUUGGCAGAGGCUGACUGCAUACUUUUUAUUACUCCUCAGACACCAAAUUCAUUUCAAGAAGCAGUCAUCUUACAAGAACCUGGCCUAUGAUACAGUUGAGCUCUGCUUGAAAAUAACAGUAAAUUGAAUAAUUUUAUUUCUUAUAGAAUUCACAUUUUAUUCAUUUAUAAAAUUUAAGGUAUACAAGCUUCAUGCAUUUCAUCAUUACAGAUAUGGGAAUAUAGUUA